AUGUCGACCGAUUUAUGUCCUGUGUAUGCCCCCUUCUUCGGUGCGAUGGGGUGCACCUCCGCAAUUGUGUUCACCUGCUUUGGUGCUGCCUAUGGUACUGCUAAGUCCGGUGUCGGUAUCUCCGCUAUGGGUGUCUUGAGACCAGACCUGAUCGUGAAAAACAUCAUUCCCGUCAUCAUGGCUGGUAUCAUCGGUAUCUACGGUCUCGUCGUGUCCGUCCUGAUCUCCAACAACCUUCAACAAAAAAGCUCGCUGUUCACCGGCUUCAUUCAGCUCGGAGCUGGUCUUUCCGUCGGUUUGGCCGGUCUGGCUGCGGGUUUUGCCAUUGGAAUCGUCGGUGAUGCUGGUGUUCGCGGUACCGCUCAACAGCCACGUCUCUAUGUCGGCAUGAUUUUGAUCCUCAUUUUCGCCGAAGUCUUGGGUCUCUACGGUCUGAUUGUUGCCCUGCUUAUGAACUCCCGAACAGCAGGGGAUGUUCACUGCUAG